AGGGUAAAGUCCUGACGGGUGCAGGGCUGCCAUGGCUGUCUUGGUCACUCUUCUUUGCUCCCUGGUGGUGUUGCUGCUUGGUGGGCUCUACCUCGUGGGAGCGUUUCGGAGAAGGAGACCCAAUGAGCCACCCCUGGACAAGGGUCUCAUCCCGUGGCUGGGUUACGCGCUCGACUUCAGAAAGGACAGCUCUGAGUUUCUGAAGAGGAUGCAGAGGAAGCAUGGGGAUAUUUUCACCGUGCUGAUCGGGGGCUAUUACUUCACCUUUGUGAUGGACCCCUUUUGCUUUGGUGCCAUCGUGAAGGAAUCGCGAUCCAAACUAGACUUUGAGAAGUUUGCCACCGAGCUGGUCCUCCGCGUGUUCGGAUACCAGCCCAUCGAAGCCACCCACAAGAUUAUUCAGCUAUCAAGCACGAAGCAUCUGAUGGGAGACGGGCUUAUCAUCAUGACACAAGCCAUGAUGGACAACUUGCAGAAGCUGAUGCUCUUUAAGUUGAACUUGGGAGACGGGGAGCGCACGUGGCAAGAAGACGGGCUCUUCAACUACUGCUACAACAUCGUCUUCAGAGCUGGGUACCUGUCUCUGUAUGGCAGCGAGCCCUACCAAGGGGCAGAUAACAAGGAAAAAGCCAACGAGCAUGAUCGUGUCCAAUCUGAUGAGCUGUUCUAUGAAUUUCGGAAGUACGACCGCCUCUUCCCUCGCCUGGCCUACGCCGUGUUGCCUCCCAAGGACAAGAUUGAAGCCGAGCAGCUCAAGAGGCUCUUCUGGAAGAGGCUCUCGGUGAAGGAGAGCCGGCAGAAGGACAACAUCAGUAGGUGGGUGAGCGACCAAGAGCAGUCCCUGGCAGAACACGGCGUCCCCGAGUACAUGAGGGAUCGUUUCAUGUUUCUGCUCCUCUGGGCAUCCCAAGGCAAUACGGGCCCAGCUGCCUUCUGGCUCCUCCUGUACCUAAUGAAGCACCCUGAGGCUAUGAAGGCUGUGAAGGAAGAAUUGGAUAAAGUCUCCAGGGAGAGCGGCCAGGAAGUGAAACGAGGUAGCCCGCCAAUUAACAUCACUAAGGACAUGUUAAACCAGACCCCUGUGCUGGACAGUGCUCUGGAGGAGACCCUGCGGCUCACCGCAGCGCCGAUCCUUAUCAGAUCCGUCCUGCAGGACAUGACCCUCAAGACGGGCAAGGGGACGGAGUACACUCUGCGCUCUGGGGACAGGGUGGCCUUGUUCCCACACGCCUCUGUGCAGAUGGACCCAGAAAUCCACCCCGAGCCCCACCGGUUUAAAUACGACCGCUUCCUAAACCCAGACGGCACCAAGAAAACUUUCUACAAGGACGGGAAAAAGCUGAAAUACUUCAACAUGCCCUGGGGAGCAGGCACAUCCAUCUGCCCCGGGCGGUUCUUCGCCACCAACGAAAUGAAACUCUUUGUGUUCCUGAUGCUCUCCUACUACGACUUGGAGCUGCUCAGCGGGAAAGAGGAGGACCCGCCGAUCGACAUCAGCCGCUGGGGGUUCGGGAUGAUGCAGCCUGUCCACGACGUUCGCUUCAGAUACCGGCUGCGCUUUUAGUUUGAAACACCUCGCGGCGUUCGGUCUCGUUUAGGAGCUGCUGGUGAAAUAAGCUGCGCUCAGCUCCUCCCGCGGACAGCGGAUGCGCGCCGAGCUCCUUUGCAAGGGCGAAAGCUGGUACGAACUCACUCGCUUAGCUGUUAUCAGGGCUUUUCGCUGUAUUUCUGUUGCGCGUUUCCAUGUGUGUGUUUUGCUGUAUUGUUUUUACUUCCCCUUGGCCUCGGGGCUGUGUUAUUUUGGUAUCGGACUCUUAACGGUGCGUUGGAAUGAGAGGAAGCAAGCAGGGAUCCCAGCGUACUUUCCACGUGAAGCAUAUCCAGGGCAGAAUGCUGCCAGCUCACGCGCUUGUGAUUUGCCUCCCUCCUCCCCGCUUCUCCCCAUCAAGCCAAAACAUCUCACUGUGCUCAGAAGGCACCCAAGAGGCCAGAGGACAAUAAAUUCAAUCGUGGGCUGAGCGGGGUCUUGCCUGCAAGCUCCUCUUGGCUGUAGGUCAAAAUGUGUCCCCUGAGGUCCCUUAGAGCAGAAGUAGGACCUACUGACCACAGACACCCCCCCCAACACACAACCCUCCCCUGCUCACACCUGAGGAAAGGAGAGAACGUGCUGGGUUCAACUGCAACAUAACUGGGAGGCAGUAGAAAUUGCAAAACACCAGUAAUAACCUUGGGUACCACUUUCAUGCAUCUACGUGACUUAAGACGUGGACAACGGCCUUUCCAGGGCUGCGAGCGGGUGU